AUGGCACUCCCAGCUACCAUGAAUGCGGUAAUAUUUGACGGCCCUGGCAAGGUAUCGUUGCAGCAGAGGCCAGUUCCGAGGAUCCAGGAUGAUCAGGAUAUUAUUGUCAAGGUACACAGUACUGCUCUGUGCGGUUCCGAGCUCCAUGUCUUUCGUGGCCAUCAACAGUCAGGAACUGGCUUCAUCAUGGGCCACGAAUUCACUGGCAAUGUAGUGGAAGUGGGCAAAGGCGUAAAGUCAGUCAAAGUCGGGGAUAAAGUCCUUGCUCCGUUCACCACAUCCUGUGGAGAAUGUUUCUAUUGCAAGAAUGGUGCUACUUGUCGCUGCGUGAAGUCCCUACUAUUUGGUUGCGAGAAAUUGAAUGGCGGCCAGGCAGAUUUCGUCAGGGUCCCAUAUGCUGAUGGUACUAUCUUCAAGGCACCGUCAGAGAUCAAUGACAAUGCAUUGAUUCUGAUGGCUGAUAUCUUCCCAACCGGUUACUUUGGUGCCAGGAACGCUUUCAAUGCUCUUGGAACUCAAAGCCCUUCUGAUGCAACAAUCGUAGUAGUUGGAUGCGGUCCUGUGGGUCUUUGCGCCAUCAUUUCCGCAUUAGAGUACAAGCCGAAGCACCUUUUUGCCAUUGAUGGUGUUGACAGUCGGCUCGAACUCGCAAAGAGCCUGGGAGCUGAGCCUCUAAACUUUGUCAAGGACAAGGAGGGAAUGCUGGCUCGCAUAAAGGAGGUGACAGACGGGCGAGGCGCUGAUGCAGUUGUCGAGGUGGUCGGCCUGAGCCCAGCCUUAAGGACUGCAUUUGACGUGCUCAGACCGUUUGGCUUUAUCAGCAGUAUCGGUGUCCACAACGCAGAGAUCCCAUGGGAUGGCAAUGAGGCAUACGGAAAGAACGUGAGACUCCAAAUGGGCAGGUGUCCCGUCCGCUCCGUUUUCCCCGAUGCUCUCAAGGUCCUCGCAAAGAAUCAAGACAAGUUCGGAUUUAUGUUCGACAAGAUCAUGCCUCUCAGUGAGGCUGUUGAAGGAUAUGAGCUCUUUAACGACAUGAAGGUUCAAAAAGUCAUCUUCAAGCCUAGCUGA